GGGGAGCAGUCUGUGGGCGCUCUCCUGGAGGAGCUGAAGAUAACCGAAGAACUUUGCCCGACAGCUGUAAGGAUUUAUCGGUCCUGUACAUUCUCCCUUUGCUCCUGCACUUGGUUCGGCGUCCCCUUAGUGGACCUGUGUUCAGUAAUUGACUUCAGGAGUUCCUUCUUCCCCACAAGCUGCUGGAGGAUCCAGAGAAUCACCUGCUGAUGGUUUUUGGCUAAGGGGGAAACAAGGGCAGUGCUUGCCAGAGGAAUUUUCCAAGUGGUCCAACGCCAGGACUUGCGGCUCCAGUGGCAGUCAGGAGGACAGAGUGGAAUUGGAAGAUCUGCUCUCCCUUGGGCCAUGGCGGGCCGGGGCUUGUACGUGGCCACCCUGCUGACAGGGCUGCUGGAAUGCCUUGGCUUUGCAGGUGUCAUCUUUGGUUGGGCUUCCCUGGUUUAUGUCUUCAAAACGGAGAAUUACUUUCAGGAGCUGUGUGAACCGGAUGCCAGGCUGAUGGGCAAUGCCACAGUGCAGGCUGCUAAGGACUGCAAAGCCCAGGAUGAGAAGUUCUCCCUCAUCUUCACUCUGGCAUCCUUCACAAACAACUUCAUGACAUUCCCCACCGGCUACAUAUUUGACUGUUUCAAGACCACGGUGGCCCGCCUCAUAGCCAUAUUUUUCUACACCACCGCCACACUGACUGUAGCCUUUACUUCUGCAGGCUCAGCUGUUCUGCUCUUCCUGGCUAUGCCAAUGCUCACCGUUGGGGGGAUCCUGUUUCUCAUCACAAACCUGCAGGUUGGGAACCUAUUUGGCAAACACCGUUCAACCAUCAUCACCCUGUACAAUGGAGCGUUUGAUUCAUCCUCAGCAGUCUUCCUUAUUAUUAAGCUUCUCUACGAACGAGGCAUCAGCCUCAGGGCCUCCUUCAUCUUCCUCUCAGUCUGCAGUACGUGGCAUGUGGCCCGGACUUUGUUCCUGAUGCCCCGAGGGCACAUCCCCUUCCCACUGCCCCCCAACUACAGCUAUGGCCUGUGCUCUGGGAAUGCAAAGGAAGAGAAGAAGGAAGACGGGGAGCCCCAGACAGAGGAGGAGAUGGCGGGAGCAGGGGAGAAGCAGGAGCCUAGCUCUUUCUGGAGGUACGCCUUCUCUUGGCGCUUCGCCUGGCACCUGGUGUGGCUGUCUGUGAUUCAGCUGUGGCACUACCUCUUCAUCGGCACUCUCAACUCUGUGCUGACCAACUUGGCCCAGGGGGACAGGGUAACAGUCAGUGCCUACACAAAUGCCUUUGCCAUCACUCAGUUCUUCGGAGUGCUGUGUGCCCCCUGGAAUGGCCUGCUCAUGGACAGGCUUAAACAGAAGUACCAGAAGGAAGAGAGAGAGACAGGCUCUUCCACCUCGGCAGCGGCCCUCCGCUCUGCAGUACCCUCGCUGGCCCUGACAUCCCUGCUGUGCUUUGGCUUCGCCAUCUGUGCCUCAGUCCCUGUUCUCCCCCUCCAGUACCUCACCUUCAUCUUGCAAGUGAUCAGCCGCUCCUUCCUCUACGGGGGCAAUGCUGCCUUCCUCACCAUCGCUUUCCCUUCUGAGCACUUUGGAAAGCUCUUUGGGCUGAUGAUGGCGCUGUCAGCCAUUGUAUCCCUGUUGCAGUUCCCCAUCUUCACCCUCAUCAAAGGACCCCUCCACAAUGACCCCUUCUAUGUGUAUGUGACGCUGGUACUUGCCACAGUUCUAACAUUCGUCCACCCCUUUCUGGUGUACCGGGAGUGGCGAACAAAGAAAGAGAAUCCUCCCUCUGUCUUAUAGUUCAGAAGCCCUCACUUUUCAGCCCUGGAGAUGUUUCUUUUGCUUAUCUUUCUCCACUUUUGAGGAGUCCAGUUAGAUUCUACCUACUCAGCUUACUUGCAUUAAAUAGGCUUGAUUUUCUCAUUAAAAAAAGCAAACCUUACUUAGCUGCCAGCCAGGACUUCUGAUCAGCAAGAGGAAAAUCUCAGUAGCUACGUGGAUUGAUGUCAUACAGACCAAUAGCAAAGGCUUGUAGAAGCUGGAGCGGCUCCCUGCACAUGGCCUUGGCAGACCUUGACCCCAGGGGGGUGAUGGCAGGAGGAAGAGGCCACCUACUCUUGUUUCAGGCCUGUUUGACCCUGAAACCUGGGUGUGCCUGGACUCUCUGUCUCCAGGUAAAUUCCCAGAUGAAGAGUGAGGUGGUCAUGGCCUCAGCGGUACUGCUGGUGUUUACACGUGGUGCUGGAAGCAGCCCCAGCUUUCCCUCUAAGGCAUAGCCUUGGUUAGAGAACUCACAGUGAGCUUUGGGGGUGAGGACACAGGGGUGAGAGGGCCACAUUCCUGGGCCUCAUCCCAGCUCUGCCACAGAUGCUGGGAUGACCUUGGCCCAGCCCCUUUCUGAUCUGAGCAUCACUUUCCCAUCUGUAAAAUGAGAGUGUUUUGCAGUUGAAGGUUCUUUCUGGAGCUAAUGUCCUAGAAGAGGUUAAGAACAGUGAUAGAGUCAGGCCACCCCAAGGACCUCGGGAACCAGCUGACUUGUCCAACCGAUGGAUUUCUGAUGAAACAUCUUGGGGAUGUUUUCCUCUUCAAGAGCGGGGAUAGUUAUUUACUUUGGGCCUUUUAUAAACAAUUUCUUUGGGGAAUGAUUUAUAGAAAAAUAAAGCAUCUGUGUCUAAGGCAA